CACAUACAUAUGACCCAUUAAAACUUAAGAGGACUUAGGAAUAUCAACAACACAAAGGAAAAUAUAUAAUAGAACUAUCUUUUAUAUAUCUGAUCUUUUGACCCGUCAUGGAGGAUCCCAAUCGCAUGAUGGCUCACACUGGUGGAAUGAUGGCCCCGCAGGGCUACGGCCUAUCAGGUCAGGAUGAUGGCCAGAAUGCUGGCAACGAGAACGAAGUCCGGAAGCAAAAGGACAUUGGCGAGAUAUUGCAGCAAAUCAUGAGCAUCUCUGAGCAGUCUCUGGAUGAGGCGCAGGCCAGGAAGCACACGCUGAACUGUCAUCGAAUGAAGCCGGCUCUAUUCUCGGUACUGUGCGAAAUUAAGGAAAAAACUGUUCUCUCAAUUCGCAAUACUCAGGAAGAAGAGCCACCAGAUCCGCAACUGAUGCGCCUAGAUAACAUGCUGAUAGCCGAGGGCGUUGCUGGUCCCGAAAAAGGCGGUGGAGGCGCAGCGGCUGCAUCCGCAGCGGCCGCUAGUCAGGGUGGAUCGCUGUCAAUUGAUGGUGCUGACAAUGCCAUUGAGCACUCAGACUAUCGCGCAAAGUUGGCGCAGAUUCGUCAGAUCUAUCACCAAGAGCUAGAGAAAUACGAGCAGGCUUGUAACGAGUUCACUACGCACGUUAUGAAUCUUUUGCGUGAGCAGAGUCGAACUAGACCCAUUACACCCAAAGAAAUCGAGCGAAUGGUUCAGAUCAUACACAAAAAGUUCAGCUCCAUACAAAUGCAGCUGAAGCAGUCUACAUGCGAAGCUGUGAUGAUCCUCCGUUCGCGCUUUCUAGACGCACGUCGGAAGCGGCGUAACUUUAGCAAGCAGGCAUCUGAAAUCCUCAAUGAGUAUUUUUAUAGUCAUUUGAGUAACCCAUAUCCAUCCGAAGAGGCCAAGGAGGAGCUGGCGCGUAAGUGCGGCAUAACGGUGUCUCAAGUAUCCAAUUGGUUUGGCAAUAAACGCAUUCGUUACAAGAAGAACAUUGGUAAGGCACAAGAAGAGGCAAAUUUGUAUGCAGCCAAAAAGGCAGCAGGCGCUUCCCCCUAUUCGAUGGCGGGUCCGCCUAGUGGUACGACAACUCCAAUGAUGUCACCAGCACCGCCACAGGAUUCAAUGGGUUACACCAUGGGCUCCGGAGGCUACGAUCAGCAGCAACCGUACGACAACAGCAUGGGUGGCUACGAUCCUAACCUCCACCAGGAUCUUAGCCCUUGAAAAUAAAAUUUAUCAAAAUAUCUAUAAAUCUAUUUAAAUUGAUUGCCACUUUAUCUGGGAAAACUAAUACACUAUGUAUACUUACAUAUAUGUGACUACUGUCCUGCGUGUGUGUGUUAGUCUGGUCAGAAUAGCAUACUAUCAAUACUGUAUACGAUUAAAUCUUAAUAAUAGAACUAAUCUACUGGCACACAGAUAUCCAGCGCGUAUUUAUAAAUAAGUUUAUAUUCCUUAACAGAAAACAUUCUCUUUUACGUACAUUUUUCUUAAAUUUGUUUUCAACAAUAAAUUAAACAUGUAUUUUUUGCUUAAA